AUGAAAGCGAGUAAAGUUUGCGGAUCUGGUAAUGCUUUUGUUAAAGUCAAGUUCUUAAGUGCUGCCUGUCACAGAAAGGAGCCUCUCUCGCUCGCCCCUUCGGGAGCCCUUGGCGCACCCUCACCUCGCAACACCCCGGGGCUCCUCCACCGCACAAAUCCGACCCGGCUGCCCAAAUCGCCACCUCCGGGCUCCCGCCCCGCCGGAGACGGGGACGCACAAGCCUCCAGUGAAGGCGGGUUUCACGGCGGGGAGCACGGCAGCCCGGCGGGCCCCGCUGCCGCCACUGGCGGGGACGAGAGACUGGCCUGGCCCCCUCCUGUCACGGCGGGGGCUGGGCAGCGCCUCGCCGGCCCGGGCCCGGCACUGCUUCCCCACCGCCCGCCCGGCCGCCUCGCAGGCCGCGCCGCGGCCCCGGUGCCUCCGCAGGGCCUGGCACCGCCGCGGGCUCGGGGAGCCCAGCAAACAAAGGGAGCGGAGGCCGGGACCGAGGCCCGGGAAGAGGGCGGCGGGCAAGCGGCGAACCGCCCCGGCCCAAUCCACUGGUUCCCCCUGCACCGCAGCAGCCCUCCGCGCCCGGCGGUGAGGGCAGGGGGGAGCCGGGCCGCGGCGCGCCGUUGCCCCGGGGACGCUCACCCAGCGGAGGCCGCGGUGUCCCGCUCCCGGCGCGGGCCUCUUCCCGGGCACCUCAGCGGCGCGGCCCGGCCUCCGCCGGCUCCCGGGCUCAGCGGGGAGCAGCCUCCGGGGGUGGCGGAGCGGCACUCACCGAGGAGGAGAAGGAGGAGCUGGCUCUGCUGUUGCUUUCGCGGGGCCCGGCCCGGCUUCGGCUCUGGCUCCCUCCCUCGCCGUGCCGCCGCCUCCCUGUUCCUGGCGCCGCCGCCGCCGCUUCCUCCGCCUCCUCUGCCCCCACCCCUCCGUCCUCGGAGGGGCGCACGGGGGCGGCGAGCCCGCGAUGGCCGCCGCCUGCCGCAGGCACGGCUACGGCUGCGGUUGCGGCUGCGGCGCCCGCGCACAGCCCGGCGGCGGCAGGAGGGCCGCGGGCAUCCCCGCUCCGUCCUCCGCCCGCCCGGCCGCCCCCGCCGCCCGGCGGACUCCACCAGCCCCCUGCGGCCCGUCUGA